UCAAUGUAUAAAAUAGAAUCUAUUGUAUCAUUUGGUAGAUAAUGACGUUAAUACAUGAUCUUUUUUAACGAAUGUAUUUGACAUCCUGAUAUCUAAUGUCAAUAUCUAUAUAAUAAAUACUUACUAAUUUUUGCACGAUGGAUUUACGAGAUCUUAUCGCGAAAAAAAAAUCGUCGUUAAAAUCAUGUAAAACAGUGAUAACGGAUCAGUUUGGCAACAAAUAUGAAAUCGAACAUGGUCAAGUGAAGAAAUUAGAAAAAAGUCUGCCAUUCGUGGUAGAUGAAAAACCUGACUUGCAUGUAGCCAGUAUAAUACCAGGAUUGUACCUCAGUUCUCAAGAUCCAGCGGUUUGCAAUGAUAUAUUAAAAAAGUAUGAAAUACGACAUAUUUUGAGUAUAGGUGUCAACCUUUCCGAAAAAUAUGAUGACAUUCAGUAUCAUAUCUGUGACUUGUUAGACUUGCCGGAAUCGAAUAUAUUGCCAUCGAUAAAAAAAUGUGUUAAUAUCAUACACACGAAUCUUAAAGAAAAUAUUCUUGUGCAUUGUAACGCUGGAGUAUCUCGUUCUGCCAGUAUUGUUAUCGCUUAUUUAAUAAUUAUUAUGAAAUUAUCAUAUGACGAAGCUUAUAAUAUAGUGAAAAGAGCAAGAAGUUGUAUCAGGCCUAAUGAUGGAUUCGUGAAACAACUACGUAGUAUUGAAAAUACAACUUUUGUUUAUGAAUCAUGUUUCAAUAUAUGA